AUGGCCCCCCCUUGCCCAGUUGACAGAUGCCGUCUUCAAGUCGACGUGGUCCUGGAGGCCAACGAUGGGUCCCUGUAUGGAGCUCAUGCUCGUAAUGUCGAAGCUUUCAGCGCUUCACUUCUACCUCUGGAUCGGGAUCCCUCCUCGCUGGUCAAGUUAACGGAAGACGCCGAAGUCGUCUCCUUACUUUGCAGGUUCGCUCACCACCGACAUCAGCCCGAUAUAUCUUCGCUCCCUUGGGAGACCUUUUGCAGACUGUCUACAGCUGUGGAGAAGUACAAAGUGUAUAACGCGAUGGCCAUGUGCAAGCUUAAGAUGGAAUAUUCUGUCGUGGAACACCCAUAUGAAGUACUCCAGUAUGCAAGCAAUACAGGCUACGAUGCUCUCAGGGACCGUGCUGUGAAGCUAUGCCUAAACUCUCACCCUAUAGAAUGCUUCGUAAAUGCGAAAAAACUGGGUUUAUCUGUCCUGAUGGAUGAGGCCGCUGCCAAAACGCUUGAUCUUCCUCUAUCCACCGUCGAGGCCGCCAUUAGAGGACAGGCAGAUUGGCAGACGACUCUUUUAACCUGGAUGAUUCAGCGCGAGGGAUUGCGCAAUGAGAAACUGUGCCUUCUGUUAAGGCCCCCUGCUGCGACUCAGCACAAGGGAGGUGCCCCCCGCUGCGACGAUUGGCAUGUUUAUUACAAGGCUGUCGCCAGGGAAUUCAGUGCAGACCCUGAUGGCGACCUCGAAGAAAUCAUCACGAGAAACAAACGUCUUCUUCGGGGUUGCUCGUACUGCUUGAAGUCCGCCGAAGUCUGGGAAAGAGCUGUCUACGCUAUGCGAACCGGAGCUGGAUGGCCAAGUUUUUCCUCUAUAUACCGGAGGUAUGUAGGGGAUGGUGAGGACUAG